ACAUUAGUGUUAUGCAAUGCAUCUUAGUAUAUCUGGCUCUAAAUGUUGUUUACAAGACUGAAAAAUUCUCUAGAGCUGAUAUAAAGGCUAAUAGUACAUACUGUUGUAAAACAAAGUUGGUAACUAUGGUGAAAGAAAGAGCACCAAGAUGUGACCAGAUUACAGAAGCUAUUAAUGCAAUGAAACUAUUGCCAGUGAACCCAUUGUCAUGCGCUAAGAAUUUGCCAUUAACCCUUCAGUUCUAUUUAAACCGACAGGAUGGCAUCAUUCGUGUAUGUUAAAUUGUUAACACAGGGUUGAAAGAUUUGCCAAGCCUCUUUGUUGACAUUUGGGAUUGGAUAAGUGGAUAAUUUGGGAUCAAGGUUUAAUAGACAAGAACAGUAUAAAAGAAGUGAGUGGCAACUUUCUGUAACAUUUCACAAGUUUACUCUGGCUGCAUCAGCAUCAGGUAUUGGAAGCUCCAACAGUGUUUUUCAGUUUUGAAAUUGUUUAAAGAUGCCUCGUCCUUUGUUUCAAAGAAAUGGUUGCUGGGACCCUUUUCAGGAGAAGGCACAAAACCUUUUCAACCGAAACACUGACCUCCCCAACUUCCUUGAACCAAAUGAGGUUAGCUGGAUAGAAUCAGCAAGGAAAAGAUUGGGAUUGACAUCGACCUGGCCAGGAUCAAUGCGUAUACCUCUCUUCAGCUCUUUUUGCACCGAGGCUCCACCUAAAUCAUGUACUGGAUCAGAAGGAUGCAAUUCUGAAUCUCUGUGUGAACAAACAAAAGGACCGCAAAACUGGAAAAUCUGUCUAGAUGUCAGUCCAUUUUCUUCGGAGGAGAUAACCAUCAAAACCCAGGAGGGAUAUUUGGAGAUUACAGGUAAUCACGAAGAAAGACAGGAGCAUCACAGAUGGAUCUCAAGAACCUUUACAAGAAAAUACAUGCUUCCGGCUGAAUUAGACCUAAAACAGAUCAGCUCCAUGCUGUCUUCAGAUGGUAUUCUCUCUGUUGAGGCCCCAUCACCUGGCUCUAACAUCAGUCUCCCCGGAGAGACUGUCAUCCCUAUUCACAUAAUGGACAAACAGUUAUCUGCAAAAUCAGACGGGCAAUGCCUAACCAGUAACUAAGUUACUGGUUAGGCACAGCUUGUCUCAAAAUAUAUAUGUGAUAAAGGUAGUGUAUGCGUUUUCAUAACAGUUUGUUUUUGAUGGCUAACAUUAGAAGCAUUUGUAAAUACUGGUUUUGCAAGGGAAUAUUUAUCAUAUUAUGAUCCAUUACCAAAAGACUACAGUGACAGUAAUAUGCUUAAUAGAUCAGUUCGGCUGUUACUUUGGUUUCAAAACAAUUAUGCAAUAAUUUGUGCUGUAUAAGAAUAUGUCAAAGAUGAUCACUCUCUUUUUCAGGCUAUAUUAAAAAAAAAAAAAAAUGAAAUGGGGCUUCAUAAUGGGGAUUGCACUGCAUAAUGCCAGGAUAAUCCUUUUGAUUUUGAAAGGCUAUUUUAAUUAAUCUGUUUUGAAAAUGAUACCUUGUAUUAAUGAAUGUCAUGACAUAAGUCUAAAGAGGCUGUAUACUGAAAUUGAUCAAUAUUUAGGAAAGCAGCUGAGUAGACAUCUUCUUAGUCGUGGAAAUUUUGAUUAUUUCAAGAGAUUCGUUUAUUUUCAGUUUGUUCACCGAAAUUAUUAACUCACAGAUUGAUUCAGUGACAAUUUCUAUAUUACAUAAAUACAACAACAGGUGGCGCAAAAGAGUGUCUUAUGUGUUUUUAAGUCAAGAAAAGUAUUUACUUGUUACAAAAAAAAAAAAGGUCUUUAUUAAUAUGUGUGCCUAAUCUACUCAUUGAGUAAGUAAAAUAAGUGUAAAUAUGUGGUUCGGAUGACCAAAGCACAAGUUUUUUUUUUUUUUUUUUUGCAUAAUUAACGUUUUAAUUGUUUAGUCAGACAUUUACACAUUCAUAAAUCUGGAAUUAUUUUAAAGGUGUUGUGGAGUUAUGUUUAUUGUCAACAUGUUCAGGGGGGCCCAGAAACUGUAGCGGCAGCACAUAACUAAGUCAAACAUAAUUAAGUCAUUUUUAUUUAAAAGACAUACAACAAUAAUAAAAAUAGUACAAAAUGCACACAAAACAGUACAGUGGUCAAGUAAAUUGUUCAAAGUGCAAAAUAUACCACAAAAUGGUCUAAAAUGUGGGUCAGCUGUCAUACAAUGGUAAAGUUUAAAUUUCUUUCUUUGCUGGAAAUAGGUGAACUACAUGAGCCGAGCGCUACCUCUUCACCAUCAUUAUCCUUGUGAUGUGCACCAGUUUGGCCAUUUCAGUCACAAACAAGAUUUCUCUCGUUCAGACUCAAAAGCAACCCAAGACUUGAGAAAUGAAUGGGAGAAAUUGCAAUGUGCAAAAUGGCGGAAAAAUCCCUCCUCCUAAAUGAAAUAGCCAGUUGUUGAGUCAAAAGUCAUUGUGUCACUGCAGCAGGUGUUAGAAGCUCUGGU